AUGGGUGAUAAUUUCGGUAUACAUCGUGGCCCGAACAAGAAGACUGCCGAUAUGGUGGAAGAUCGCACACAGGGGCAGAUUUUGAGCGAUUUUAUGAUGCAGCUGGAAGAUUACACGCCGACGAUUCCCGAUGCAGUCACUUCUUACUAUCUCAAUUCGGCCGGUUUCGAGGGAGCAGAUCCACGGAUUGUACGUCUCAUUUCGAUCGCGGCCCAGAAGUUUGUAUCGGACGUCGCGAACGAUGCGCUGCAGCAUUGCAAGACUCGCACGAACAGUGCACCCAGCUCCGGGCACGGAUCGUCCAAGAACCAGAACCAGAAAUCGUCCAAGGAUCGGAAGUACACGCUCACGAUGGAAGAUUUGCAACCGGCAUUGAAUGAUUACGGCAUCACUGUGCGCAAGGCACACUAUUUCGUCUAG